AUGCUUUUCCGUCGCCAGGCCCAACUCCAAUUUCAAGCUGGUCCUGGUCUCGCGCAAUCAUCGCGUUUCCCGGUCGCCUUCCUCUCUCGCGCAUCGCCUAUCCCUCUCCCAUUGCCCUCCUCUCUCCCGUCGCCCUCCUCUCUCCUCCUCUCUCCCGUCGCCCUCCUCUCUCCCGUCGCUUAUCCUCUCUCCCGCCGCGCUCUCCCUCCCGUCGCCUCCGCGCUCUCCCCUCCCGUCGCCUUUGCGCUCUCUCUCUCGUCGCCUCCGCGCUCUCCCUCCCGUCGCCUUCGCGCUCUCUCUCCCGUCGCCUCCGCGCUCUCCCCUCACGUCGCCUCCGCGCUCUCCCCUCCCGUCGCCUUCGCGCUCUCUCUCCCGUCGCCUUCACGCUCUCUCUCCCGCCGCCUCCGCGCUCUCUCUCCCGUCGCCUCCGCGCUCUCCCCUCCCGUCGCCUUCGCGCUCUCUCUUCUGUCGCCUUCGCGCUCUCCCUCCCGUCGCCUUCGCGCUCUCCAUCCCUUCGCCCUUGCAAUCUCCCCUCCCAUCCCGUCCACCUUCGUCUCCUAUCGCUCACGUCCUCCCCUCCCAUCGGCAUCGCGCUCACGUUCCUCCCUCCCCUGGCCAUCGCACUCACGUUCCCCCGUCGACUCGCUAUCUUUCCGUGCUGCCCGUCGCCUCGCCAUCCCGUCGUUCGCCUCCUCUCCCCUCCCAUCCGUGGUUCGCCUCCUCUCCCCUCCCAUCCUGUCGUUCGCCUCCCCUUCCCUCCCUUACAUACGUUCGCCUCCUCUCCCCUCCCUUAUGUCGGUCUUCACGGUCUCCCCUCCCAUCCCGUUGUUCCUCUCUCUCUCUCCCUAA